UAUCGAAGCAUGCCACAACACUAAUUUCAAAUUUUUCGACGCCGCACCGGCUUGUGCCAAUACAAAAAUAAAAUUAAAAUCAAGCAUGGACGUAUACACAUUUGAAAAAUCAUAUUUGGAGCGUCUCAAGGAGGCUGAAGCCGUGCUGUCCUGGGAUGGGGCCGUCAUGCCCGCCAGCCAAGUGCGCAACGAGUGGAAAUCCUUUGUCGAGCUGAAGAUUGAGCCAGCAGGUUGGCAGGCGAUCUGGAAAAUACCUCGCGUCAUCUGUGAGGAUCUCAAAUUACGUUAUCCCACCAUAGUCUAUGGCUAUGUGGAUCAGGUGAUAUUCGACGAGCUGAAGGCUGUGUUUGUGGUCACCGCCGUGCAGGAUAGCGAUGUCCAUCUGCCGGAGAGCAAUGAGGUGUCCCUGGUGGAGCUGUGGCCCACCAUCAAGCAGGAGAACGAUGCCCUGAAUGUGGACACAACAGCGGAGUGCAUCGAUCGGCUGCGUUUCUUUUACUCGCACGUCUGGAUGCCGUGGGACAAGGACUAUGACGACGAUCGCGAUUGGGUGCAGAUGCACUUGCAGGCGCGCAUUCAACUAGCCUGUGAUCUGAGCAAGAACAAGCUAUCGCGCCCAUUGGCGCUGCACAUGCGCACGCUCCUCAUGGAGGCCAUGUAUAUUCAGCAGCGUCUGGAGUACCUCGAACUAGAUCUGAGCGAUACCGAGGCGGAGAGCGAUGACGAGGCUGUCGAGCUGAAUGACAAUGCUGCCGAACCGGCCAGGAAACAGGCAAAGACGGGCAGUGGCAACGCGAGCUUGAAUGUCUCCACACUGCCCGUGACGGAUCUGAUGUGCCUGCACCUGCGCAUGGCCAUUAUACGCAGUGAAUUUGAGAUUCUGGAGAAUCCCGAAAUGAGGCGCGCCUACAGUGAGCUGCAGUCCAACUCCCCGCAGCGUCAUCUGCUGCAACGCAGAGCUGGGAGACCAUCGGAGCUGCCGUUGACUGAGCGCGCCCCCAUUUGCCAUGUGGUCACUGUGCCGAACACAUUGCAGGAGCAGAUGGUCUUGCUAUCGCUGGCCCAGAAGCAGGUGAAGCCGGACACGCAGGUUCAGCUGGCCAACACCUUGCAGGAUGUGCUGAGCAUCUGCCGGAGCGACGAUGACAUUCUGCUGUCCCCCGGCGAGCACACAAUCAAAUUCCUCGAGAACCUCAACAACCAGGGCAGCCUCCAGGGGCUGGUUAAGUCCGAGGCCAUACUGGUGGCGCAGCCACAGCUCCCCACGUUGCCCGUAGUCUGCUCCAGCGACGAGGGCAGCACGCUGCUGGUCAUCGAUGGGGACUACACGCUCGCGCACCUCGUACUCGACUGUCGUCAAGUCCGCCGCGGCAUCUUGCUGCGCAAUGGAACGCUGACCAUGCGCGGCUGUCGUCUGAUCGGUGACGGCAACUCCAGCACCCAAGAAGGCAUUGUGUGCAUGCCAAAUGCCAGCGUAGAGAUGCACGACUGCAUCAUUGAGGACUUUGCCGUGGGCAUUUCGAUGCGUCCGCAGUCCAGUGCCGAGUUGGGCAAUGUCCAAGUGAAAAACUGCAAUACAGGAGUGGAGCUGCUAGAUACGACAGUGGCGCUGAAUCUACAAGGUAGCAAGUGCAGCUUCGACAGCUGCAAAAUAGGAAUAAUGGCCGAUAAUCUGACGUUGCCCGGCAAAGAGGAUAAAGUGAUGAUUCUGAAGCAAUACAGCGCACUUAAGCGCUACAACGACAGGAAUUGGCUGGGUAAUUGCAAUUUCAUUGAUUGCACGCGAAAUGUGCGAGUUUUCAAUGAAUCUGAUCAGCUGCUGGCACAGCGUUCGCAGCAACAUCUUCUAGGGGAGGAGCUGGAGAGCGAAAAUAAGGAAAACAUUGAAACGGCCUAAAGACAAACAAAUUCUUUUAACAAUCUAAAACCUAGUUUACGAU